AUGAUCAUUGACGGGGAGAAAUGGGCCUGCGAGGCUUGCGUUCGGGGUCACCGUGUUAGCAACUGCCAACACUCUGAUCGUCCUCUUCAACACAUCAACAAGAAGGGACGCCCCAUUACCCAAUGCCAGCACUGUCGCUCAAUGCGCAAGUCUCGCGCUGCUCACGUCAAGUGCGACUGCGGCGAGAAGACCAGCAAGUGUACUCACUUGCAGCCUACCGUCGAAGGUCAUCGAGGAUUUCUUCCUCCGCAUUCAGAGACUUGCUGCUGCAAUCAUGGCGGUCGCUGCACUUGCAGUCACAAGAGGGAACCUGGCCUCGACACCGUCCCCGAGUCCGACUCCGACAAGGAAGCCAUUGCUCCUCGACCUAAGCCGCCAAUCCGCAGGCGCCGAGCCAACACUGUUCACUCAGACGGAAUGUUGACUUUCGAUGAGAACGGUCAUCACAAGCCCGCGCACAAGCACAACAAGGCCUCUCAGAAGUGCGGGCCUUACCAACUGAGUCGUGUAAACUCAUUGCACAGCACCAGCAGCCUGGGAAGCCACUCGCCCGAGCGAGUCGGCGACAACCCCCUCAAGGACCCUAUCUCUGGUCGCGCAGGUCCUGUUCGCCAGCAGCGACUCGUCAAGUCUGAGGCUGCAUCCCCGCUCAUGAGAGGCUCAUCCGGCUUCCAGCACCUCAACGAUCAGCUUCCACCCCUGGACCUGUCCACCAUCUCUUAUCCCACAUACGACCCCAGCCGCAGUUACGACUUAUACAACAAUGGCGACGCACCCAUUUUCAGUGCUGGUCUGAGCACAGCAUCUGUUGACUGGAGCCACAUCGAUACGGACAAAUUCGCUCCCUCCAGUUACAGCCAGGCAGGCGCUCAUAGCUUCAAUGGCAUAUUCGACUUCCCCACAGGAUCUGAACCCGCCCCUACGCUGGCGGCGACAACGUCGACGUCUGGUGAAGUAUCUGAAGUGGAAGACAACUUUAUUGCAGGUGACAGCGACGGUUUCGGGACCGGGAGCAGCAGCUUUAUACAUCCGGCAAGCUACCUGCCGUCUACGGACUUGACAUCGAUUGACUACGACAACUUCGCCAAGUCGUCAGCCAACAAGUUCAUGACGGCACCCUCUUCUUUCGACGACGGCGGCCCGAUCGCCGGUGGGUCCCUGACAUUCGACGACGAUCCGGCCUUCUGGGGCCAGCAGUUUAACGACGGCGUCGCUACAUACACGGAAUCACCCGACGGCUUGCCUCAAUUCAACCCUGAUUCUUGGACGAUACAAUAA